AUGGUCGUGGUCAAAAAAUACCAUCUCCCUCCCACCGACCUAAUCCCCAACUCCCCCCACCCCGUCCUCCACUACCCAGCCAUCCUCCUCCCGCCAGCCGACCUCACACCGGCCAAAGUCCACGACCUCUUCACAACCAACGGCUGGGAGCCCCAGUGGAUCUACCGCUACGGCCCCACCCAGCCCGCCCACUACCACACCCGCGCCCACGAGGCCAUGGCCGUCCUCUCCGGCACCGCCACCAUCCGCCUCGGCGUCGCUGACACAGACACGGACCCAGAGCAAAACACCCACGGCCUAGCCCGCGAGGAAGGCGGUGUCGAGGUCCUGGCCCAGGCAGGCGAUGUGUUUGUGCUUCCUGCGGGCACGGCACACAAGACAUUCGACGUGAAGCCGGAGGGGGAGUUUGCGCUGCUCACGCCGGGGGAUGGGCAUGGGGUGGCAGCGGAGAAGGACAAGGGUGGGAGCCACGAUGUGCGGGCUGUGCUGGAUGGGGUGCGGCUGGCUGGGUUUACCAUGCUAGGGGCGUAUCCUGUUGGGGGCGAGGGUUGGGAUUUUGCGGUGGGUGGAGAGAAAGGUAGAGGGGAGUAUGAGAUGGUUUGGGCUGUUCCGAAGCCUGCGAGGGAUCCGGUGCUGGGGACGGCAGAGGAGGGGCUUUGUGGGCAGUGGAAGUGA